AUGCCAAGGUUUACAGAAUGUUGGCGUUGUGGGAACUCGUCCGCCACAGUAGCGUGUCCUUCUUGUAACGUUGCGAAAUACUGCAGUAAAAAAUGCAAAGAUGAUGAUAUCACGAGGCACAACGACGCUGAAUGUCGUCCAGUGUCAAUUUUGAAAACCUGUUCAUCAUGUUUUAAGAUUGGUUCAUCUUUACAGAGAUGUACUGGUUGCUAUCGAGCUUUUUACUGCGAUGCAAAAUGUCAGAAGAACAAUCGAAAAAAACACAAAGUUGAAUGUAAGCGUAUAAUUAGUAAAAUAGAUUCCCUAGCUCAAAAACUCCACCUUGAGUUUCUACCAAAAUAUGGACGGAUUUGUGCGGCGCAUUACUAUUGGGGGAACGCGCCAGCAUACGACUAUCUUAACUUACUGGAGAACGAGGGUGUCGAGUACGAUUCAGAUAUGAAUGUUCUAGUCCUUGGUGUUGGUGAUUUACGAAAUAUUGUGCUCACUUGUGCCUCGUUACCCGAGAGCUUUACAAGCAAGGUCAAGUUUGUGUUGAACGACGUAGACAGAUGGGUCCUGGCAAGACAGGUUUUACUGCUGUAUAUGAUGCUUAAAUCUCGUUCACUCCAAGGUCAAUUUCCUUCGACUGGGGAAUCGCGACCAUUUUUGGCGCAUUAUUACUGGGGCAAUGUGCCGGCGUAUGACUAUCUUAACUUACUAGAGAACGAAGGUGUCGAGUAUGAUUCAAAUAUGAAUGUUCUAGUUCUUGGUGUUGGUGAUUUACGAAAUAUUGUGCUCACUUGUGCGUCGUUACCCAAGAGCUUCACAAACAAGGUCAAGUUUGUAUUAAAUGACUCAGAUAGUUGUGUCUUGUCAAGAUUGGUUUUAUUGAUGUACAUGAUAAUCAAAUGUGAUUUAAGUGUUUGUAAAGUGGUAACAGAAAUUUGGUACUCGCUGUCCCUGAGCGAGAAAACAUACGACUACCUAUUUUCAUCUCUCCAGGGACUUCUCAGGUUGAAAAGCGCUGGAGAUUUGAAGGCCGCAACAGGGGAAUUGAUCGAAGUGCAUGAAAGCCAUUUUAAAGAGUUUCAAGAGAUUUGGAGGCAUUGGCUUGAACUGAGGGUAGAAGGAACAUCCGACAUUCAAAAGCAACGACAAGAGGCAUUUAGCAAAGAUCCUAGCAGCUUUCGUGGGAAAAGAUGUUAUUACAAUUGUAUUCCUAAGGAGCAUCUUCCUUCUGCCAAGAAGUUUAUGGAAGAUGGCAUCUUCAAACGUACAAAGAGAUGUUCAUUUGCUGAGAAUCCGACCCUGACAGGUGCUUCGUUUUCAUCCAAAGACGAACCCUUUAAGUAUUGCUGUCUAACCAGUGUCCUUCCAUUUACUGGUUGGGAUUAUGUCGACGUGGCGAAAAUGAUGUACGAAAGCUCCGUUGUUAUAAUGUACGGAAACUACAUCGAGUUUAUGCUGUGCAGUUUUAUGGAGAUACUCAAGUCUAAACAAGUUACAUUUGAAAUUAUUUUGGGAAAUUGCAUGGAUAUAGACGCAUUUCUAAACAAAGAAGAGAAAUACGAUCGCAUUUCGACUUCUAAUCUCAUGGAUUAUAUUCUUCUUCCAAACUUAAUGAGGUGA